UAUGCAUGUUUCUCUGACUCGUCCUGUCGUCCAUUAAGGCAAGAACACCAUUGUCACCACCACCAUGUACACCAAUCAGUUCUCAACCUCUCCCGAUCCCGAAAAUACCAUUCCGUGUUCCUACAAUCCCCUAACAGAUGAAGCGGAGGCUCCGGCAAGUGACCGGAGAUCCAUUAAGGUUAUAUUGUCUACUUUGUUGUCCGGGGUCUUCCUCUUGGCUUUGGUAAUGGUGUUGAUCGGUGACCAAAGAUCAGAAGACCCAACGGUAGUUGCAGUAAAAGGGGACUAUCAACCAUAUUCAUCUUCGAAAACGUCGGAAAUCUUAAAACCUGCCAAGGUAUCAAGAGGGGUAUCCGAAGGGGUGUCGGAGAAGACUUACCGACUGUUUUCGGCGGAAGACGGCGCGUCUUUCCCAUGGAGCAACCUCAUGUUGUCUUGGCAGAGAACGGCCUUCCACUUCCAGCCUGAGAACAAUUGGAUGAAUGAUCCUAAUGGGCCAUUGUAUUACAAAGGAUGGUACCACCUUUUCUACCAAUACAACCCGGAUGGUGCAGUGUGGGGCAACAUUACCUGGGGCCAUGCCGUCUCAAAGGACCUCAUCCACUGGCUCUAUCUUCCUUUGGCGAUGAUCCCUGAUCAAUGGUACGAUAUCAACGGUGUCUGGACCGGUUCUGCCACCCAGCUCCCCGAUGGCUCUAUCGUCGUUCUUUAUACCGGGUCCACCGAUAAAAUGGUUCAGGUGCAGAACCUCGCCUACCCGGCCGAUCCUUCUGAUCCUCUUCUCCUACGGUGGGCUAAGUAUCCGGGCAACCCGGUCAUUAUUCCGCCACCCGGCAUUGGCAGCUUAGACUUCCGAGACCCCACUACUGCAUGGUUCACUCCCGACGGCAAGUGGCGUUUGACCGUCGGCUCCAAGUUUCACAAAACCGGCAUAUCUCUGGUAUAUCAGACCACCAAUUUCACCACCUACGAUCUUGUUGAUGGCGUUCUCCAUGCUGUUCCGGGCACUGGAAUGUGGGAAUGUGUGGACUUUUUUCCAGUAUCGACCACAGAUGAGAAUGGGCUGGACACGUCGGUUAAUGGUCCCGGAGUGAAGCAUGUGCUUAAAGCCAGCCUUGACGACACCAAGGAAGAUUAUUAUGCGCUGGGAACAUAUUAUGUGGAGAAUGAUACAUGGAUCCCAGACAAUCCUGUGGCGGAUGUCGGAAUCGGUAUGAUCUAUGAUUAUGGUAAUUUCUACGCUUCCAAGACAUUCUACGAUCAGAGCAAGCAGAGGAGAGUUUUGUGGGGUUGGAUUGGUGAAACCGACAGCGAGAAUGCUGACAUAGAGAAGGGAUGGGCAUCUGUUCAGAGCAUUCCUAGGGUGGUUACCUUUGAUCACAAGACUAGGAGCAAUAUACUUCAAUGGCCAGUGAAGGAAACAGAGAGCUUGAGAUUGUCGAGUGACGAAUUCGACAAAGUGGAGGUCCCAGCCGGAUCCGUUGUGCCGCUUAACGUGAGCACAGCCACGCAGUUGGACAUAAUUGCUGAGUUUGUGGUGGACAAUGCGAGUUUGGAAGGGACAGGGACAAUUGAAGCUGAUGGAGGUUACGACUGUAGUACCAGCGGUGGGGCUGCCGGAAGGGGCGCCUUGGGACCCUUUGGUCUUUUGGUUCUUGCAGAUAAAAGCCUUGCAGAGCAGACACCUGUGUACUUCUACAUUGCCAAGGACAUUGAUGGCCACUUGAAGACUUUCUUCUGUGCAGACGAAUCAAGGUCUUCUUUGGCCAAUGAUGUUGGCAAACAUGUCUAUGGAAGCUUAGUUCCUGUACUUGACGGAGAAAAAUUAACCAUGAGGCUCUUGGUUGAUCAUUCAAUAGUGGAAAGCUUUGCUCAAGGUGGGAGGACAGUUAUCACAUCAAGGGUUUAUCCAACAGAGGCAAUAUAUGGAGCCGCUCGAGUUUUCUUGUUCAACAAUGCUACAGGGGCUAGCGUUACCGCCUCACUCAAGAUUUGGCAGAUGAAUUCUGCCUUCAUUCACCCCUACUCCAAUGAGCAGGAGAUGUAGUUCACAUGUAUCUCUGGAACCCAUCCACAUGUAUUUCCCAACUUUCCAACAACCCCGAUUGAUUUCAUUCACCCUUGUAUUUAUGAUUUCUAUUUUCUCCUUUUUGAUGUAUUUUUAUUUUUACUUUUUAGCUAGGCCAAUUGCCAUUUGAUUGUAGGCAGGUCCUUUGAUGAUAUUCAUUGGAUCUCUGUGGAAUGACCUGAAGAAAAUUUUGUUUGAAGCAAAGAGAUAUAUUUUAGUAAUUUAGUUUACGCGUUGUGGUGUGAA